CUUAUAAACAAAAGUGAAAAAUACCAACCGUCAGUGCUUCGGCUGGGUUUUUACUCGGAAAUACUUGAAAUGAAACGUAAACUAUGACUAUUGGGUAAUUUUCAAAAACAGUGGAACGGAAAUGUUAACGUCCAAAAUAAGUAAGGUUGGCAAAGUGGUGGUUUGUGGUGCAAAAGGCGUCGGAAAGACCACCAUUCUGGAGCAGUUGAUUUAUGGAAACAUUAACAUCGAAUCGGUAAGAGAGACUAUCUCUGUCUUUCUCCCACUUACGCCAGAGAUUCAUAGUACGAUUGAGGACACGUAUGUGGCCAGUGUGGAUACCGGGAAAGGCAGUCGAGACACACUGAGGAUUUACGAUACCGCUGGACUGCAGGGUAAUGUACAGUUGCCCAGGCACUACCUCAGCUAUCCGGACGCCUUCAUACUGGUGUAUGAUCCCAGUGAUCCAUCAAGUUUAGACAUACUGGGUGGGAUUAAAAGUGACAUUGAAAAGUUUAAAGAUAAAAAAGAAAUUUUUGUCAUUGUGAUAGCCAACAUGCGUUCCCGGCAGACGCGUUCGGCCAGCUCUUCUCCAAUCAACUCGACCCACCUGCAGCAGCAGCAGCUGCUUGGUAACGAUGCGAUCGAAUCCAAUCUUACCCGGGCAAACAAUUGGUGCGCCCGAGAACGGAUCAAACAUUACACCGUGAAUGCAAUGGAACGGGCUUCGUUGUACGAACCUUUCGUACAACUCGCAAGUCGCCUGUAUCCUACUGCUACCAAAAGCAGUUUUCCGCAGUUACGGCAGUUGACGCAGAAAACCUCUAAAGUGGAUAAUAGCUAAAUUACGUCGAAUGAACGACAUUCAAAGUGAACCAAAUAUCGCCCCAUAUUUUACCUUGUUAUGGUAUAUUAUUUUUUAAUCUUUAACCUCCAGAGUAUGUUAAAUUAUCAGUGAAAGCUCGAUGCAUUCACUUGUGAUUGAUUGAUUGCAAUUUACUGUGUUAGGUAGGUCCGUAUCCCACUUCUGUUCUCUUCAGGGAAUUCGUUUGUUAGACUGCACCAUAUGUUAUUAUCGUAAAAUCGUGCAUGCAGCGAUAAUUACACACCUCGUCUUACUUUUACGCUAAUUUUAGGAUAUUAUAGUCUAUAUACCCAGUUUAUACUUUAGGGAUUUAACAUUUUGUUAGUCCAAUGACAGCAAUGUGUCGCCCUAUCUUACUAUGGUACUUAUAGAGUAAAUGUGUACUUAAAUCCAAAAAGCAGUAUCGAAUAAACCGUUGUUUAUAGGAA